GGCACCUGACACGUGACGAGAUGAUGACGAGCAGCACCAAGCAGCACGUCACGUCGAGUCAAAGCGAUAGCCGAUAUGUUAUAAAUAAAGAAUAUAGAUAGGUAGUAAUUUUUUUCGUAAUCAAGCAUACAAAUACACGCCGUUUUCGCUUCGCGUGGAGAUUCAAAAUCCUUCAUGUAAAUUGCGUUUACGCCCUAAUGAUGCACUGCAGCUCGUAACGAUGCUCUGCGUAAAACACGGGAGAAGGCACGGCGUCUCGUUGCUGUUCAAUCUGAUCCCGAAGGCACUCUAUUCGCGUCGCAGCGACCGGAGCACGAGUUCCUACAAGAUCGUCAAGUCCAAUGGCGACUCCCUGGACGAAACAGAUAUUGACAACAGUGUUUUGGGUGUCAAUUCCAACUGGGAGUUGCUAACGCCGAGGGGCUUUAGAUUUUAUCUUCCUGGAAGCGUAGGACCAGCUUGGUUAGAUGCAACGACCACUGCCCAAGUCAAGACUCAGUUUGUCAAGCUGUACAAUGAUGAAGAAUUUAUAGAGACCUUAAACAAUGAAAAUAGGUAUCAAGAGAAUGUAGAAAGUUGGGAGACCAUACAGCCGAUGUUGGACUGUGUGGCGCAGGAAUGUCCUAUUCUUCUGAGAAAGAGCAUAGAGGAACUAUUCCCAGGAUGCUUAGAUGUGACUAUGUCACAUCUUACUAUUAUAACUAUUAGUCAAAAGGCAAAUCUCAAGUCGAUGAAAUGGCGUAAGGAGGCGGAAACAGAGAAACUCGCCAAAUAUUUUGUUUUAGCAGCCUCCGACAUAUGUACAAAGCUCAAAAUGGUCGGUUACUGGGCAGACUUUAUCAAUCCCUUCAGUGGACAGCCCUACUUAAGCCCACGGAAGGACGCCAAUUUGUAUGAAACCGAUGAACGAUUUCGCUGCAUAGGAUUUAAAGUACAACAGAGAAACAAUUGCAGAAUUAUUGUGUCUGAUAGUAGUCUACAAAAUUUUAUUGGAAGUCUUUACACCACAGCGCCGGCAAGCACGGAGUUUUUAAAACAAAUAAUAAACGUUGAUAAUAAUAACGAGGAUCAAUAAAUAUGUGUACAUACAAGGAAGGAGCGUUUAGUUCACUUAUAUGAUAAAUGAAUCUUUCAUCGCUGAAGUUAUAAAACGUCUCUGGCGCAUCUGUCACGUAUAAUCAAUUGAGAUGUUCGAUUAUUUAUGAAGCAAACGUGACUUGCCAAAUUUGACUUUGUGCUACGGAUGGAUAUCGAUAUAAUAUAUUCAUACGUCUUCAAUAAAGCCGAAUGGAGUGCGCUUUACUUCUAAUGCCCGUAAACUAUAUAGCAAAUGUUUAUCUAGCAAAGAAAAGUCAGUAUAUAUUACGUUAUUAAAUAAAUUAUAGAUUUCAAACAACUUAUUUGAAAAAUAAACCUUUCUUGAUAGUCAUGGAUAGUCAAUAUAUUUUUUUAUUUAGAUAAUAUAAAUUGAAAUUGCUUAUAAAA